CUCUGUACGAACAGUCCUGCGAGGCGUACAAACACAACGGCAACACGUCGGGACAUUUUUACAUCGACGUGGAUGGCAGCGGACCAAUCAAACCGCAACUGGUGUACUGCAACAUGACAGAGGAGAACACAUGGAUGGUGAUCCAGCACAACAACAGCGAGCUGACCAGAGUGCGACCGUCUCCAGAGGUGAACCAGCACUCAGUUCACUUUGACUACUCCACUGAAGAGGAGCAGCUAUUGGCCGCCAUCAGCCAAUCAGAGUACUGCGAACAGGAACUGUCCUACCACUGCAGGAAGUCCCGCCUCCUCAACACUCCAGAGGGCUCUCCGUUCAGCUGGUGGCUCGGGGGUCCCGCUCCCGGUCGUGUUCAGUCUUAUUGGGGGGGGGCUCAGCCGGGCAGCCAGCAGUGUGUGUGCGGGCUGCAGGGAGACUGUGUGGACCCUCAGCACUACUGCAACUGUGAUGCUGACCGCACCGAGUGGUACUGA